GGUAGAAGGUGGCGUUGAGCAGCUCCUCCAGCCGGCGCGGGACCUGGUUCUCCUGGUAGUAGCGCAUCGCCUGCCGCCGGAGCUUCUGCAGCUCCCUGGCGCUCCCGGAGCCGCGGCCACCGCCGUCAUCCCCCAUGACGAAAGCAUCUGAGAUUGGGGGGCUAAGCACCCUGCCCCAGACCAUACAGCGAGUAGGUGAUGGAGAGUGUCGGUGUGUACGGAUUCUGUGGGUGCACAGCCAAGAGCAAAAUGAAGUGUGAUUCAAAGUGGGAAAUAGCCGCCACAGAAACGGCCCCCACAUCUGCAUAUUCAUCUCCAGCCCGGAGCCUCGGGGACACAGGAAUCACACCUCUGUCGCCUUCCCAUAUUGCGAACGAUGCCGACCCCAGUGUGUCAGAGCAGCCAUCAUUCCUGGUGGUGGUGGCCAUCGACUUUGGGACCACGUCCAGCGGCUACGCCUACAGCUUCACCAAGGAGCCUGAGUGCAUCCACGUGAUGCGACGAUGGGAAGGGGGCGACCCCGGCGUGUCCAACCAGAAGACACCCACCACCAUCCUGCUGACCCCCGACCGGAAGUUCCACAGUUUCGGGUAUGCUGCCAGAGACUUCUACCAUGACCUGGACCCCACCGAGGCCAAGCAGUGGCUGUACUUGGAGAAGUUCAAGAUGAAGCUGCAUACCACAGGGGACCUCACCAUGGACACUGACCUUUCAGCAGCCAAUGGCAAGAAGGUCAAAGCUCUGGAGAUCUUCGCUUACGCUCUGCAGUACUUCAAGGAGCAGGCGCUAAAGGAGCUGAGCGACCAGGCGGGCUCAGAGUUUGAGAACUCGGACGUCAGAUGGGUCAUCACGGUGCCCGCCAUCUGGAAGCAGCCGGCCAAGCAGUUCAUGAGACAAGCCGCCUACCAGGCGGGCCUGGCCUCCCCCGAGAACUCAGAGCAGCUCAUCAUCGCCCUGGAGCCCGAGGCCGCCUCUAUCUACUGCCGGAAGCUGCGGCUGCACCAGAUGAUCGAGCUGAGCAGCAAGGCUGCCGUCAAUGGGUCCAGCUCCAGUGACACAGUAGGAGCUGGGUUUACACAGGCUAAAGAGCACAUACGGCGCAAUCGGCAGAGCCGGACCUUCUUGGUGGAGAAUGUCAUAGGCGAAAUCUGGUCUGAACUGGAGGAAGGUGACAAGUAUGUGGUUGUGGACAGCGGCGGUGGCACUGUGGACCUGACCGUGCAUCAGAUCCGGUUGCCUGAGGGCCACCUGAAAGAACUCUACAAAGCUACAGGUGGUCCCUAUGGAUCCUUGGGAGUAGAUUAUGAGUUUGAAAAACUCCUGUGUAAGAUAUUUGGAGAGGAUUUUAUCGAACAGUUCAAGAUCAAGCGUCCUGCAGCAUGGGUUGACUUAAUGAUCGCGUUUGAGUCUCGCAAGAGGGCGGCUGCCCCAGACCGGACCAACCCCCUAAACAUCACCCUGCCCUUCUCCUUCAUUGACUACUACAAGAAGUUCCGGGGUCACAGCGUCGAACAUGCCUUGAGGAAAAGCAAUGUGGAUUUUGUGAAGUGGUCCUCGCAGGGCAUGCUGAGGAUGAGCCCCGAUGCCAUGAACGCCCUCUUUAAGCCGACCAUCGAUAGCAUCAUUGAGCAUCUUCGGGACCUGUUCCAGAAGCCGGAGGUGGCCACGGUCAAGUUCCUCUUCCUGGUGGGGGGCUUCGCAGAGGCGCCGCUGCUGCAGCAGGCGGUGCAGACAGCCUUUGGGGACCAGUGCCGCGUGAUCAUCCCGCAGGACGUGGGCCUCACCAUCCUCAAGGGCGCCGUGCUCUUCGGCCUGGACCCCGCGGUCAUCAAGGUGCGCCGCUCGCCGCUCACCUACGGGGUGGGCGUGCUGAACCGCUACGUGGAGGGCAAGCACCCGCCCGAGAAGCUGCUGGUCAAGGACGGCACGCGCUGGUGCACCGACGUCUUCGACAAGUUCAUCUCGGCUGACCAGUCCGUGGCGCUGGGCGAGCUGGUCAAGCGCAGCUACACGCCCGCCAAGCCCUCGCAGCUGCUCAUCAUCAUCAACAUCUACAGCGCCGAGCGCGACCAGGUGAGCUUCAUCACCGACCCGGGCGUGAAGAAGUGCGGCACCCUCCGCCUGGAUCUCACGGGCACCGGCGGCCCCGCCGUGCCCGCCCGCAGGGAGAUCCAGACCCUCAUGCAGUUCGGGGACACGGAGAUCAAGGCCACGGCCAUCGACAUCGCCACCUCCAAGAGUGUCAAGGUCGGGAUCGAUUUCUUAAAUUACUAA